AUGAUUGGCCUGAUUGUUUUUGUGUUCCUGGGUGCUGCAGCUGCAGCCCCUUUGGAUGACAAGAUUGUGGGAGGCUACGAGUGUUCCCGUCACUCUCAACCCUGGCAGGUGUCUAUCAAUAUCGGCUACCACUUCUGCGGCGGCUCCCUCAUUAACGACCAGUGGGUCGUCUCUGCUGCUCACUGCUGGCAAAACCCCUAUAUACUGCUGGCCAUCUUGGGUGACCACCACAUCUGGGAAUUCGAGGGCACAGAACAAUACAUGUCAGUGGAUGCCAUCUACUGGCAUGAGAGUUAUGAUUACCAGACCCUAGACUAUGACAUCAUGUUGAUGAAACUGGCGCAUCCUGUCACUUUUAACGACUAUGUCAAACCUGUCGCCCUGCCCAAAGCCUGCCCCACACCUGGGGACAUGUGCAUGGUCUCUGGAUGGGGGAACAUCUACACUGAUCAAGUGUUCAACCCAUUUAACCUUCAGUGUGUUGAAGUCCCCAUUCUGUCCCACAAAGAAUGUGAUAGCUCCUACCCCGGCCAGAUCACCGACCGCAUGGUGUGUGCUGGAUACCUGGAGGGAGGCAAGGAUGCUUGUCAGGGUGACUCUGGUGGCCCUCUUGUGUGUAAUGACGAGCUGCAGGGAAUUGUCUCUUGGGGCCAGGGCUGUGCUCAGCCUAACUACCCCGGCGUCUACACCAAAGUCUGUUCUGUGCUGCCCUGGAUCGAGUACAUUCUUGGCGCAUACAGCUAGACUGUGAUCUCCUAUCAGAGAACGACAUGAGAGAGGGGGAACCAGAGAGAGAGAGAGAGACUGAAAUUGAAGGAGACAGCGACAGGAGGUGGUUGUGGGUAGUGUCUGUCAGAAAGACAAAAAAAAAAAAAAAAAAACAGCAGGAGAAGAGAUAAGAGAGAGCCACAAGGAAAACUAGAGAGAGAGAGAGAAAUGUAAGAAGUGAAGGCACGAUCAAUAAAAUCUACAAUGUUGUGAUGCAUCAA